AUGUUGAAUCAAAAAUUGUUAUCGACUGAAGAUUUAUCUAAACGCAGCUUGCACUCUCAUGCACAUGUAUCUGUAUCAAGAGUAGCCAAUCCUGCUGGCCUCAGUCAUCACCAGCCGGUCCCACAUAAACAGAAAUCAUCAACAAAUGGCAAAUCUCGAAUAAUAAUUCAUAGAGCUAUUCGAUCAUCCGAUAGCAAGAGUCGUUCAAUACAAAACAAAGCCAUCAAUUCUAAUGUCGAUGCAUAUUCAAUACCCACUAUUCUACCAGCUCGUGAUCGUCAAAAUACAGUAAAUCAUUCUGAUGUUAGUAUAGGUUCAACUGAACACGUACAGCAUGUCUCACCAUCGUUAUCGUAUAAUGGUUGUCUUUGUAACUUUGUACGAUGUAGAUGUGCGUGGGCUUUAUGUUGUCCAUGUUUACCUCUAUCUUUACUUACUGCUAUUCUAUUAAGUACAGUUAUUGCUGCAGUACUUGCAGGUAUUUUCAUUAAAUCAAAGACAACAACAUCGGCAUCUAUAACUGAUGUCACGACGACAGCGAUCAGUACUACUCUCACGACAGCCACUGAAACAACUACAACAUCUGCUACAUGUAUUACACCAACCAGCACUGCUCUUUCUUAUAAUACUACUACCAGCGUUUACACGUUGGCAACAUACAAUUAUACAGCUUCAUACACAGGUUUUGUUGUGCUUGAAUUUGGCUUUAAAGGACAAACUGGAAGUGAAUAUUGGUAUCUAGACGAUGUUAGUCUUGUGGACACUAAUACAUUCAAUUCAGAAAUGUUAGUUAAUGGUAAUUUUGAGAACGGUACUACAAACGGAUGGCAACUGUUAUGUACUUCAAAUUGUCAAUCAGCAGCAGGAGUCAUCGCAUAUAAUACAUCAUGUUAUACAGGCUUAUUUUGCUAUACAGAUGGCUGUAAAAAUGGAUUUGAUUUUUUACAACAAGCAUUUAAUACGACAAUUGGACAUGUGUAUACACUCAGUUUUUGGAUAAGAACCGAUACAAAACCCCAACAAUAUGCAUUUGUUAGGUUCUUUUAA